AUGUCUUUCCUCUUCCCAAGACUCGCCUUUGCGCCCGCACGCUGCGGUCCUUCCCGCCGUGACAUUGCGCCGCUCUUGUCUCUUUUCGACGACUCUUUCAAUGAGAUCCAAAGAGCCAGUCGGUCAACCAAGAAACAAUGGAACCCUCGCUUCGAUGUCAAGGAAUCAAACGACACUUACAUCCUUGAGGGUGAACUCCCAGGUAUCGAGCAGAAGGAUCUGAGCAUCGAAUUCGUCGAUGAACACACCUUGACCAUCAAGGGCCGAACCGAGCGCACCACAGAAUCUGGUACUCGCCCUUCGGCUCUCCAAGGCGACAACAAAUCUGCGAUCGAGGAAGCCCCUGCAUCCGAGACUGGUAGCGUCAAGUCGCAUCAACCCACUGUCGAAGAUGAGGAGCCCGCCAACUCAUCCGCGGUCGCUGCCGUCGACAGCAAGACAGAAGUGGCUGCACCGACACCUGCUCAGCAGGAGCAACAGCCAACCAAAGUUGAGCAACAGCCUGCACAACAACAAUACUGGAUCACUGAACGCAGUGUGGGAGAGUUCUCACGCAGCUUCUGGUUCCCACACCGUGUGAAUCAGGAGGCGGUCAAGGCUUCAUUGAAGAACGGCCUCCUUAGCAUUGUGGUUCCCAAGGCCGCACCUGAAAGCAGACGCAUUGCUGUUGAGUAA